AUGGCGUCUGCAAUCACAGAUGCCUCAAGGUUCGAUGCUCAUACUCAGCCUGUGACUCCCCCUGCGGAAAGGCAUGUACACUGUGCAUCGAGAGAUGCACUUGGGUCUAUCCUUAUUAAGGAUCCUGUUCAAUGCCUUGUGCAGCACUAUGCGAUCGACUUCCGUGUGAUGAGCGCUGCACCGAAAUUCUCGACUGUGGUCAUUAGUGCCCGAGCCUUUGCGGAGAGGACUGCCCAAGUGGUCUAUGCCAAGAAUGCGGCGACAAGCCAGACGCGCGUUGAGUCGGUCGAUGGUGUAGUCGGCCUAGAUGAUGUCUACACAAGAGAUGGAUCUGGCAAGUUCGACGGCCUCCGGGAUAUCUCUGCUGCUCUUGCUAGCACCAUACCAUCGUGUCCUGAUUGCAAACAGCCCAUUCGUCAGUUCGUAACAAAGCGAUACAAUCGUGUCAUCAAUCGAGCUGCUAUGGACGAAACAUGCAAGCGGUUCUUGACCAAAGGACGCAUGGACCUUGAAGCCCUUGAUUCUCGUUUGAAUUCCCUCGCAGACGCGCUUGUUGCUAAAGAUGCGAAGGUGAGCCCGAGCUGCCUUACCAAAGGACAGAUCGGCGCAAGAUAUUAUGCCUUUUACAAAGUUGCAAAGGAAGCUGUGGUCCUUAGUAAAACGAUGGAUACAGAGCAUCAACCGACGAAGCUGCUCAAGGAUGCUAUUGCUUUGGGCCAGAAAUCAGAAGACGAAUCUGUCUCUAUUUCCAGUCAACUUGAAAGACUGAGAAUAUCCACACCAACACCUGACAACCAGAUAACUCUUGGGGCACGAUUAAUCUCUAUCAAUGCCCGAGAAUUCGUUCUUCACGAUAUGUCCAGACUUUUGAAUUCGAAGGCAAAGAUUGAGGAGGCAUUUUUGAUUGUUCAGCUCAGCCAGAUCACCAUACCGUUUCUGAAAGACUGCCAGAACUUGAUCAUUCAAGCCAAGGGCGCGAGCCUCUUCCGUAUUGUCAUCACGGCAACCCUCGCAUUUGCUAAGAUAUCCGAACUGUUCGGAUGGUGCCGUCGCACUCACCCAGUACCCGGAAAGGAAAAACCCGAUGAAAAAGUACGGGAGGGCACCGGGUUAGAAUCUCAUGAGAACCGCAGGAAUACGGCACGUGAGUUCCUUGCCGAUGCUUUGCAUCUAUGCGAUCAGUUGGGUAAUUGUGAGGAGCUUCGAGAGAAAGUCCUGGAGAUGAUUCGCCUAUUCGAAGGCGCUCAAUACGAAGAGGUCACGCCAGAGGAACUUGCAUCCAUCAAGAUUGCCAUGGUUGGCGGGCGAGGAGGCCUGGCGACGAACUCUGGGCACUGGUACAAUUGUAUCAACGGACAUCCUUUUGCCAUCGGCGAAUGUGGUAUGCCGAUGGAGCUAGCGAAAUGUCCUGAAUGUGGAGCGCCGAUUGGAGGACAACAUCACCAAGCUGUUGACGGUGUUUCUCGAGCGGAGCAGAUGGAGUAG